AUGCCUAUUCAAGGGAGCCUAUUAAGCGGUUGCGCUUCCCUUCGCCGGAAGCCGCGGCGAGGAUAUUGCGGAAGUCGGAGGCGGAGCCAGCCCUCUUUCGUUGUGGCGGCUGAAGGAAGAUGACGAAAGGAACAUCCUCCUUUGGAAAGCGUCGCAAUAAGACGCACACUUUGUGCCGUCGAUGUGGGUCCAAGGCCUAUCAUCUCCAGAAGUCCACCUGUGGAAAAUGUGGAUAUCCUGCUAAGCGCAAGAGAAAGUAUAACUGGAGUGCUAAGGCCAAGAGGCGCAAUACUACCGGAACUGGCCGUAUGAGGCAUCUGAAAAAGGUCUACCGCAGAUUCAGGAAUGGAUUCCGUGAAGGAACAGCGCCAAAGCCCAAGAGAGCUGCUGUUGCAGCAUCCAGCUCAUCUUAAGGACUCAAAUGUGUUUUUAAAAUAAAUGGCUUGAACAAGAACAAGAACACUUGUCAUCUUUACAUGUUCCUCAGUAUCUCCUCUUCCACAUUGAGACCUUUGUUCAAGCUUGGUUGUUCAGAUAGUUCCUGAUGGAAAGUAAUCUGAAAUUAGAGAUAAAUAUAUAAAAUCUCAUGUUCAAAUAUACAAAACUCCCACCCCAAAAAAAACCCCAACAACACCCAAAACCUUAGUACUGGUUGUGUGAAGCUUCAUUUUGGUGGUAUGGUACAGCUGGAUAUGUUGAAGAUGUGUCAUGAGAAAACUUGCUCCAGAAAUUUAUAACAUAAAGAAUACGUUUUAUUGGAGUGUCCACAACUAGCUUUGUAUAUUCACAUAGAGAAGAUGGUAAUUUAGGCUGUAAUCCUUAAAGUACUUGGUAUAAUUCUCCACCUGCUCCAAAGCAGUCCCAGUGCUGCACCAAAAUGAAAUUGUUCCAGGAAUGUUCUGAAGUGCAAUACUGCAUAAAGAAGAUCGCAACUGUACUUUAAUGUGGUUAGCAAUGGUAAACAAAAACUCAAACUGCAUAGAAAAAAAUGCACCUUUUCCUGAUGCCAAAUAUUUACUAAGGUUCUUGUUUCCUUGAGCACUUGUUUUAUCACUUUGCUUUGUUGGUCUUUACAACAAGCAUUGCUUUAUUGCUGCAAAGGGGAAGGACUUGAUUUGACAAACAUCUCAGCAUUUUGGGCUUACCUUCAAAAUAGUCAUGUCUGGUUUCAUUUUACUUAUGACUUCCAAAUAAUGGGAUUAUAACCACCGAGGUCUUGCCUGAGGUUUGAAAUUGGCACAUCAAGUGGGGGCUUUCACAUCUGAAAUUUAUUGAAACAUUCCUCUGCAGGUUCACUAGUAAAACGAUACUAGGAACAGCUUCAUUUUGGUUUAAUAGAGGUGGAGCUGCCUUUGUAGUCUUGACCUAAACCAUCAUACAUUUUAGCCUGUACAAGUAUUUAUUACAAUUCAAAUGUUGAAUUUGUCAGAGGGCAUGUGCCCUUUAUUAUACUGCUGAGUUGCCAGUAUAUAGCGAAUUAAAAAAAGGCAUCAUAUGAGA